AUGUCACCACGGAAGAGGACAAAGCUGGAAACCAUAUCGGGGGCCUCCAUAAGAUACGACGAGGCCUCCGGGAGCUACCGGCAGGGUAAAUCGUAUGUAAGCUUCGGCCAGGGGGAAUCGAGGGUGUACGACGUGGGCGAAGCCUUCCUCAAGAAGGAUAUACUGUUCGAGGUCCUCUCCGAGGUGAGAAGCUCCAUCUGCGUGGGGAACCCCAGGUCAAUCUCCGGGAGCCUCUCUGGGAAAGGAAUUCAGGUGGCAUGGGUCCUCAACAGAUUCGACAGGAGGUUCAUCAAGAGGGUAGAUGAGUUCGCCAUGUCCAAGAUCCUCAAGCGUCUCGGGGGAAGGUGCGACUCGGAAUGCCUCCGGGGAAUCUCGUACCGGAAUCAGUACGUGGAUCCCGUCGAUGUCCAUGUAGACGGGCGAGCUCUGUGCGAGAUCUGCAGGAUCAUGGGGCAGGAGCCUCGGGAUCUGUACAAGAGAGCGGCGGAUAUUUUGAACGCCAAGUACCGCGGACACCGAUCGACGGGAGACUCGGUAAUAAAGGUUUCCUCCAUACCACAGGACGACCUGCCCGUCUACAUGAUACUCGUGAGAGAGAAAAUUCUGCGAGCACAAGACCUCGACGGUCAGGAGUAUCUGAUUACAAAAGAAGUCGACGACGCGGAGGAGACGCUGGUGAGCACCCUCCACGAGCUUUCCCAAAGAUUCGACUCCCCCGAGAUAACGGUCACCAACGAUGCUCAAGAUUCCGGCGCCUCGUCCAGGGAGGUGUUGAUCCAGGAGCAACUGGAGGCCUGCACCAUCGCCAUGAACAAUCCUGUUUGUUAUCUCUGUGGAUUCCCAGGGACAGGAAAAACAAGCGUUCUGUGCAGAAUACUCAAGGAAUCGAAGGGGACGGUGGUUUUGACACCGUCGCACGUCUCGAGAGAGGUCGUUUGCCAGCGCGCCAUACAAAACGGCGUUGAUCUAAACACCUUCAGCGUGGAGGUCCUCGCUUACGCGGUGAGGCACGUGGGCGAGUGGCUUCCCGACUACGAGAACAACGGGGAGCAUCCGAUAUCGCAACGGUCUAUCGACUUCAUGGAGAAGUUCAAGGGAGAAGACCAGUGCCUCCACAUCGAAAUCCUGGUGAUCGAAGAGGCUUCCAUGGCCGACGUGUUCCAGGCGUCUCGAGUGAUCGAGCAGUUCUGCAGGAUCCCCUCCCUGAAGAUGGUUGUCUUCUGUGGAGAUCACCGGCAGCUCCAGAGCGUGUCCAAGGGGAGGGUGCUUGAAGACGUCAUGGAGUGUGGCACGAUCCCUGGAAAGAUCCUGGAGGUCAAUCACAGGUCGGGCUCGGCGCUCUCGGAAAACCUCAGGCACAUCCUGAAGUCGAGCCUUAUUAACAUAGAAGAGGACGACUCCUUUGAGGUCGUGGACUCAAGAAUCGAACGCUGCGAGGUGGAGACCGACAGUUUCGGGAGAGAUCGUGUGAUGGCGCUGCAACCAAUCGUCGACAUAUUUCUGAAGAACAUGGACGCGGGAUUGCCCACGCACGUUUUUGGAUACAUGAACGUCGAGGUAAACAAGAUCAACGAGGCCCUGAAGACCGCCAUCUUCGGUCACGACUCGGUCAUGUUCCCAAAUCACUGUAAAGUCCGCGUGAAAGAUCCUGACCUCAUCUCGCCUGCCCAUUUCCAUCGGAAAGAUUUCUUGGAGAUCGUAGAGAACAAGGGGUCGAAGCAUUUCGUUGUGAAGCGCUGGAGCAACCGGAUCAGGAAGGAUUUGGAUUCGGAUUUGGAGCAUAAUAUCGAGAUUAGGGUGACCGGUAGGCUCAAGGAGGCGCUGGCUCUCGGGUACGCGUCGAGCGUACACUCUUUUCAGGGGUCUGAAUGCGCGUGCGUUAUUAUCCACGGAGUUAGCAACUGUGGGUAUUUCAGCCGCGAUGCUUUAUAUACCGCCGUGUCCAGGGGAAAAAAGAAAUGUACCAUAGUGACGGUCAGGAGCAAUAGCAAGGGAUGGAAGAAGAUUGUGUACAAGCACGCGGUAGGUAGGCUGUCGAACUUGUCUAGCAGGUUUUAA